AGCAUUAAUCUAGCAUUUAAAUGUAAAUUACCUGUCAAACUCGCAUAGUAUAAAUGACCUGAGUACAACACGAUUGAUGUAUGUUUAGUGUUUUGAAAAAAAAAGGGACAAAGCCGAAAGAAAAAGAAGAAAAGAAGAUGUAUGUUUAGUGUUUUAUACAACCAUAUUAAAUAUCUCAAACGGAGAAAAUCAAAAACUAUUGGGGAGUUUCGUCUGAAACGCCCUCGCUCUCCUCGGGCUGUUGUCUGCCGCCCUCGCCCAUUGUAGCUGAACUGUCCGUGGCCAACAUGGACGGCUUAAUAGAGUACGCUUUUCCCGCCGGAGAAGAGAGCGACGACAGCGACGAGGAGUGGGAUGUCGGGCGCAAUUUAGAGAAACCUCUCCCGCCUACCGCGAAUCUCAUCAGCCAUGUAGAAGAUAAUGUGUUUAUGUUGAAAAAGGCCAUCAGUAAGGGAGACAUCAAAACAGUUGAAAAGUUGUUGGACAACGGCAUGGAUGUGGAGACCAGGCUUGGUUUUGGUUGGAGUCUACUUAUGUGUGCUGUCAACAUGGCAAACUAUGACCUGGCCAAACUCCUACUGGAGAGGGGAGCCAGUGCUAACUUCAGCAAAGAUAAUUGGACGGCGCUGAUGGCCAGCUGCACGGCAUCUGCCAGUGAAGACAAAAUCUCUCACUGCAUGGAGCUUCUGUUGUCCAGAAAUGCUGAUCCCAACGUGGCAAACAGAACACAAAUGACGUGCCUGAUGCUGGCAGCCAGGGAAGGAUACAGUAAGAUCAUCAACCUGCUGCUCUCCCACGGAGCUGACGUCGACCUCCAGGAGGAGAACGGACACACGGCUUUGUCUAUAGCAGUGAGGUACGGUAAAGAAAAUGCAGUCCUGAAGCUGCUGCAGCUGGGAGCCAACACAUCCAUAAAGAACAACGCUGGCAAAACCCCCGCUGACCUGGCAGUGACCUUCAAACAUGCCCAAAUCGCCAAGAUAUUGGACUCUUCUUCCAACAUUUCUCUCAUGCAAUCCUCCAGCACCAUGGAGGAGAAUCUCUCAGAGUUCUUACAAACCAACUCAGGUUCUCCAUCCUCCAAAGAGAGUGUCACCAGGCUUGACGGAAUUGACGUUUUUCUGCACGGACUUGAUCUUGGUUUUCUCUCUGACAUCCUCAAGGAAAAUGACAUCACCUGGGCCGACCUGUUGACCAUGGAGAAGGAAGACCUGGAGAAGAUUGGAAUCACAGUCCCUGAACAUCAACACAAGCUGAUGAAUGCUGUGCAACAGAUGCAGCUGAACAAAAUAGACAUGGGCACAAUCAUCCUGCAGGCCCGCACUGUUGAAAACACAGAGCUGCUAGAUUUCCUGAUUAGCAUUCAUCAGCAGACGUGCAUUCUGACCCAGGCAAUUCACGACCUUACCAAACGCUUCCCUAAAAGAGCUUCUCAGCUGGUGUUUUCACUGGACCCAGACCAAGAAGCCCAGGCCUUGUGCAACAAGCUGGAGGUCCAGGCUAAAGACCUGCAGAAGGAAGUGGCCAACCUCCGCUGUCUGCUGUAUCAGAUGGAAAAGGCUGAAGGCUGCUGUAACGUUCCUAAAAUCCACAUCAAGAAGAAGCAGCAGUGGUCCCUGAGCAGAGUGGCCCUCAGUGUGGCUGGAGCCACCUCUCUGGUGUUUCUCUACAAAGCUUUUUCUGCUCGUGCUUCUGUGUUCAUGUAGAUGGACGACAGUGGACAGUGGACAGUGGACAGUGGACCUCAGGAUGUUGUUUAUGUUAAACUAACAGUUCAUAUGUUUUUUUCUCCGUUAUUUUUGAAGCCUUUACGUUAAAGUGUUAAAGUUUGAGAAACAUAUUUUUGUACGUUUCAUCUAAAGAUUGAGUUUUAGUUCUUUAAAAAAAUUUGUGCAAAAUGACAAGGGUGGAGUGUGAUUUUUUUUUUCCUAUGAAAUAAACUUAACUUUAAAGGCAGUUUAAUUAGUGACCUCCAAAUUAAGUUGU